CAGUUCUCAUUUUUCCUCAAUACAAUUCACAACGUUUUUUGCUUUCCUCCUCUCUUUACAAAUAAAAAGUAUUUUUUCAAACAAUUUACAUCCAAAAAAACAAAACAAAAAAAACCUAACUAAAACUAAAUAUAAAAAUACAAAAAGGAAAAGUAAUAAUAAUUAUUAUAAUAAUAAUCUAUAUAUAUAUAUUAAGUGUACCUACUUUAAUUUCGUCGUUUUCUCGUGGUCGACGGUCGUCGUCGCGAAAUUUGUGCGCAAAAGUUUUUCGUGUGAAUUAGUCGUUAUUCGGUGUUAUAAUUUUCAAUGAUGGAUCCAAGACGUGGAGCCGCACGCCAGAACGCUAAUGCUGCCUCUAAGACCAGUGUGGCGCAGCAGUCACGCCAUGUCCACCAUCAGCCAACAGCAGCGGCAACCAAUGUUGGCCAUAAGUUUGGCGGCAGCGAGGUCAGCUUGAGUCCCAGUCAGGCCAAAAAAGAUGUCGAAAAUCCACGCAAGAGUCCUUUGGAUGCCUUGAGUCGUGGCAGCAAUUUGCGCCAGGAUCCCUUUGAGCGACGCUCUGGGUUGCAGGAUGUAGAUGAGGCCUUCUUGUCUAACAAUGCAUUUGCACGUCCCUCACGUGUACGCCAUUCAGGCUUGGAAAUUGGUAUGGCAAAUGCCACAAUGCCACAGCCGGGAGGAGGGGUAGGAGCCGCUGCUCCACCUACCAUGACAACCAUGCGUAUGCCCGGUGGACAAGAGCAGCAGCAGCAGCAGCAGCCACCACUGCAACAAUCGAUUCCACCGAUGAAUGCUGUGCCCUCCCAGCACCAGCAGCAACAGCCACAAUAUGUGCAGCCUCCAGCUGCCGGGCAGCCCACACGCCUUGAGCCGGCACCCACAGGACGUGCUCAUGUGCAUCAACAGGCUGCCUAUGAGCAGCAGCAGCAGCAGCAACAAAUGCAGCAGCAGCAGCAACAGAUGCAGCAACAGCAACAACAACAACAACAGAUGCAACAGCAGCAGCAGCAGCAACAACAGCAGGAAGCUAUGUAUGCACAACAACAGCAACAAGCAGCGGCUCAGUCUCAACAGGCUCAACAGCAGCAGGGCUAUCCUGCCCAGCAACCAAUUGGCGGUGGCACAACCAAUGCUAAUCAAAAUGCUGCGGCAGCGGCUGCUUCUGGCAAUAAUGGCGGAGCUGGUGGUGCUGCUCCCCCACCGGAUGCUGAAAUGUGCACCACUUGUCCCAAUUGCCAAACAACCAUCUAUUUGGUACGCUCCCCCGAGCUGGGACACGGUGAUGCUGGUUCCCCAGUGCAAUAAGCCUGAGAAUGAACACCAACAAAAAAAAUCAAAUUUCCGGUUCUAAAAAUUUCCAAAAUUUUAAAUUUCAUUGUAAAUGGUUUCUUGUUUCUUUUAUGCUGAUCAUGAUCUUUUCCCACAACUCAAUUCGAAAGCAAAAACGAAAUUCCAAACACAAUUAUAUGUAAAAUUUGAAGCAUAUGUUAACUAAAAUGUUCGAAACAAAAAACAA